AAUUACAUCGCGUAAUCUCCCGCAUGAAACGAACGGCUUCCGCAACAAAUCUGACAGCAAACCACCCAACAAGGUCUUCGUCAAUUAACAUACGAUCAAGUUGAAGACUUGAUUCCUUCCGUGGCGGAAGAAAGCAGUUUCCGCAGGAACCCACCUUCUCAUCCGGGAUUUCGCGACUUGGGUUGUCCUCGAAUUUGGUCGUCCUUCAUCGUAUCUUCGUGUGGCGUUGCUCGAUCGAGGGUCGAUCGGGACAAAAAGGAGUUUUGGGCUGUCUUUUUAUUUGGGGUCCUCUUGUUUUUCCUUCUCCUUUUGCCCCCACAGAGGAGGAUUGGAUUGGAUUGGAUUGGACCCAUCGCUUCGGAUUCUGGAGGUGACAAGCGAGAGGCAGAGAGGGCUAAGGAAUUCUCUGCUCAUUGGAGUAUUACCCAUGGGUUUCUCGAAGUCACGAGCUAGGUGGAAGGAUCUCAGGAAGGCAGAAGUGGAGAGAGAUUAACUAUUUGUGAACCAUGGAGAAUUCACAUGAGACAUCAAAUGGACAUGGACCAACUGAUAAUGGUCAUAUGACCCCUUUGAGGCGCACUCUAUAUCAACCCGGUAUAAAUCCAGCAUUAUCUUGGUUAGAUAUAAAAGUCUUUUAUGUCCGUAUUAGCAAAUGUGAGGUUGAUGAUAUGACACCUGAAAACCUCACUCUGAACCAUAUCCCUCUGAACCACGACACUUUAUUAGAAGUAAAUGGGGUCAGAACUGGGAUUUAUUCUGAUGGAGUUUCGACCAUUCUUAGAAGGGAUCGGUUGGAUAAGAAGUCUGAAGAAGUUAUAUUUGUGAGUACUGAUAGCAUAAGGAUGACAAACAGUGUGAAGUUUGAGGUUUUCGACAGGGAUGCUCUGGUGUUGUCUGGGGUUCUAGAAUUGUGUAGCACAAAUGGGUUUAUCCAAGAACCGAGAAAUUUUGUCCAUGGGUGGAGCUUGACUUGUGAGACAGAUAUAACAAUGGGCAGUGGCUUCUUCCGAGGAAGACAGCUCAUGGGUCCAGACUCAGGUUCACCCACAAUUGAAGUUUAUGUGGCAGGGUCAUUCUCAGGCACACCUAUCAUAUUGACUAAGACUUUGCAGAUUGGUUUCCGCAAAAAGCACUCCAGGAAUGGGAUGCUAGAUACAAUUCCAGAGUAUGAGUCAACUGAGUCUCAGGAAGAUGUUGCUUCUACACUUCCUUUGCAGAUGGAGGACUACCCAUACUCAGACCACAAACCGGAAUGCGAGGAAUAUGGCCACCACAUGUACUCAGGUUCAGAAUACUUGGAGGGAGAAGAUGGAGAGCUGUCGUGGUUCAAUGCAGGCGUAAGGGUGGGCGUUGGGAUUGGUCUUAGUGUUUGUAUUGGGGUCGGAUUAGGAGUCGGAUUGCUCAUUCGAACUUAUCAAGGGACGACCCGCACCUUCAGGAGGAGGUUACUCUGAAUUCAACUCGGUGCCAUACAAGCUGCCCUACAGGAUGAUCUCCACUCGUUUUGUUCACUACUUGCGGUGUCAAGUAUCCAUUCUGAAUGCAAUUUCGGAUAUUGCAUCGCCCGACUGGCAGUUCCCGGUUUUACUUGGUUUGCGACAUGUUUCCUGAAGAAAAAGAUGGGUUGCGCCGUCCGACAUAGGCUCCACGCAGUUACCAUCACAUAAUUUUGUAGAAAUGAUUUGACUCGUUUUGUAGAGAUCCUCUCAAUGUAUCGAUCAUCAGAUCGGCACUGAAAAUUUUAAUGUUACUCUUAUCGUGCUAGAGAUCUGACAAUGAUAAUUCCGGAAUGAUUUGUCUCUA